AUUGAGCAUCCCUAACAUAGUUUCGGAAUUUAUUGUAUUGUUUUAAUAGUUAAUAUCUCAACUUUGCCGAUCAUUGACACAAAAUGGACGAAAACUUGAAUUCCUUGACCGACAUUGAAAUACAAAGGAAAUUACAACAAUUUGGAUAUGCGAAUACUCCAGUGACUGAGACAACAAGGCCCAUACUUAUCAAAAAACUAAUGAAACACAUUAAAAAGGAGAAACUCCAAAGAGUUAAAGUCAAUAAUUAUGUACUCUACUACAAUGAUAAACAAAAUACACAUCCAGCAAUUCCAAUACAGGAAAAUCCGAACAUAAUUGACAAGGAGCAUGAGAACAAUAAGAUUAAUACACGUCUGAGCUCUUCGCUAACGCACCGAAAUGAUGCGAAUGAGAGCAUGGGAAAAAGUUCGAGACUAUCUAUGUAUGCGCCACCUCCGCUCAUAACGUCUCAUUAUGAAAAUGAAAAUGAGCCGCAUUCCUUGAGCAUUCAUAGCCGUAAACCCAUAUAUCCAGCCGAGAAGCCAGCCCCAUAUUAUAAAAUAUAUGAUAAAUCAAAUAAUUGCGAUGGAGGUGUUGUUAACAGACUCCUUAGCUUUCGCGAUGCCUCGAUUAAGAAGAAGAUUAUGUUUAAGGAUGGAUACUCGACGCAUUCAUCGAAGACAUUGAUGGGAAAUGGGAUCAUACAGAAACUGCUGUCGUUUGAUCUGCGAUCGUUUCUUAAAAAACCAGAUGCUAGCCAAUAUAUAAUACCGCCUGUACUUAUUGGGUCGCUAUUCAUAUUCUUGGCAUUGAUUUCUGUUCUAUAUACGGCAAAGAAAUUCGACCUUAGCCCCAUCACACAAACGGAUAUCAAAUAUACCAUAUGUAAUAUGAACGACAUAGAUCUCCGUGGAUCAGCUCAAAAAGUGAAAUGCAUUAGCGAAGAUCAGUUCAACAAGGCAUUGUAUAUAUGUAAAGAACUCUUUGGGUAUCUGAAUGAAAGAGCACGACUUCACCAUUGCAUAAGCGAGGAUCACUCUGCGACGCUUGAAAUGAAUGACUUCAAGAAGGCAUUGAGCCGGAACACUGAGAUACAAAAUGGUAAUCUACACAAUAAACUCUUAGCUACGCAGUACCUAAUUGCGCAGAAUCCGCAGUGGAUGAUAAAGACGAUUGUAUCCACCUAUAACUCAACAGAACCCACAAUAUCGUUUGAGCUUAUCGAACCAAAUUUACCACUCAAGUGCCUUAUUUUAAAGAAAAUGACACGAUUUUUCACGGUUAUUGGAUUGGUAAUUCUCACAAUUGCUGGAUUUUUCCUGAUUUAUUUCCUGUCCUCCCUUUAUCGCAUGAAACAAAAAGAAAGUCUACAAUUAACGGAACAGUUUAAGAAGGAUAUCAUCAAUGAGCUGAUGUAUCAUAGUACACAUUCGGAAAAUUCGGAGAUCAUAAUCAAUCAAUUGCAGGACAAAUUGCUGCCACCUCACAAUCGAUCAAAAGUGAUGAGUGCUUGGAACAAGGCGCUGCAGCAGCUGGAAGCAAACGAUACCCGUGUUCUCUUUGGGAUGAUAGUACGAAAUGGAGAACAACUACGCACAAUUACAUUGAAUAAAAACAUUGGCAACAAGGACUUCAGCACAUCAAAGAAAUGGCAAAGCUCCGCAUUUGAUAAUUCGAAUAAAAUCGUCAACCCGCCCACAUCUUGCCUGAAAAUUCGCCACAUGUUCGACGCGUCCGAAAUAAAGGAACCAAACUUGAAGCAAUUGAUAGUCGAAUCCAUAUUUGAAAAAGUCGGACCCAAUUGCAACAUAUGCGAUAUCCAGCUGGACACUCAGUCCUGCUGCGUGUACAUUCGUUGCGCUAGCGAGGCUGACGCUGGCAUUGUGCACAAUGAGAUCAAUGGAUGGUGGUUUGAUAAGCGUCUGAUAUCUAUUAAGUUUCUACGACUUGAGCGCUAUCUGAGUCGCUUUCCAAAAUCUCUGUCCAACUCUUUAUAUUUAAAAUCUUCUAAUGUUAACUAACGUUGUAUUGUAAAAAUUCACUAGAAGUUUAGGAUAUUCAAACAAAAA